AUGCUGCCAAGCGAUACCUUCUACGAACGUAGUCUAUCAUUACCUAUCGGAAUCUGCAGCCAAAACCUUCUUAACGAAGAUAAUUACCAAAAAUUAAAUGAUGAAAUUAAAUUAUUAGUGGCAGAUCAGCCAAUUUUACAAGAAAAUUCAAUCGAAAAAAAUUCUUCGAAAAAUAAUUUAAAUAAACAACAAACACAAGACGGGGCUGAUUCUGGAAUUGGUUCAGAUUCUCCUAAAGUAGCAGUAUCUCAAUCAAUUUUGUUAAACGGAUUACAACAACAAAUAGUUGAGGAAAAUAAUGAAAAAGAACAACAACAAAGUGAUCAGGAAUUUAAUAAAAUAACCAAUAUGCCACCUCCAGUCCCACCAAAAUCAUCUUCUGUUUAUAAACAUUCCCCUCUAACUGUUAAUGAUGGAAAAGAUGUAAAUCAGGAAUUAAAUAAUCAAAAUCAACAUUAUUCCCCCAAAAAACAUUCUGAAAUUAUGAAUGGAGAGGGGGAAGAAGAAAAUGACCCAAUGAGAAGCGCUUUUGAGGAUUCUACAAUUGGGAGAGACCAUUCUGUUCUUCCUCCGGGUGCACGUUCUUCAAGUAGAAGACGUUCUCCACAUGCAUCUAUUGAAAAAGGUAGAAUUGCAAAUUUAAAAAAAUUAAAUAAGGGGAAAGCAGGCUAG